GCGCCUGCACGUGAUUAGGGGCUCUCUGGACUGGAGACCAUAAUCACACCUUGCUAAUCUCACAGAUAGUGUCACAGCAAUGAUCGGAGUGACUUUGAAGUCAGGUACCCAUGCACAUUGGCAAUAUGAAGCGUAAUUAUGAAAAUGCACUCAAGCUCCUGGAGACUCGAAGGCGAAAAGCGCGACCGACAACCCCUGCCGCAACGUUCCAACAGCAAACUGGAGCGCCCCCGAGCAAUACCCCGACAGUUAGGGGUGUACCUAGCCUGAAUGGGAUGGAGGAGUGGCUGCAAAUGCUAGGGCAUACGGAGUCUGAUUUGAACAACCUCAAUAUAAUUCAUGUCGCUGGUACGAAGGGCAAGGGAAGCACAUGUGCUUUCGCUCGUUCUCUCCUUCGUGCGCAUGGUCUGAGGACAGGUUUUCCAAGUCGAGUUGGAUUAUACACCUCUCCUGAUUUGCAAUGUAUCAGAGAGAGAAUACAGAUUGACGACAGACCCAUCACGGAAGAGAUUUUUGCUCGAUACUUCUUUGAAGUUUGGGAUCGCAUCAUAACGCAGAACCCUUCCAAUGGUAAAGAAGGUGCUAGACUCCCCCGAUAUUUGCAGCUUCUGGCAAUACUGGCGUUCCACACGUUUAUCAGGGAGAAUGUUGAAGCGGCAAUAUUUGAAACACACCACGGUGGAGAGUACGACGCCACGAACGUCGUCCAAAACCCCGUUGUGACUGGGGUUACAUCUCUUGGCAUGGAUCAUGUAGCACAACUCGGACCUACGCUAGAAGACAUUGCCUGGCAUAAAGCAGGAAUCCUCAAAACUGGGGUGCCUGCGUUCUCCCUUGAACAGGAGGCUGUUGCUGCUCGAAUGCUGCGGAACCGUGCGGCCGAGAAACGGACACAUCUGGAGUUUGUCUCAGUCAAUACCUCACUUCCUGACAAUUCGAAAGUGUUGGGUGUUACAGUACAAAAAUUGAACUGCUCACUAGCUGUCGAAUUGGUCAGAAAAUUUGUGCAAGUCAAAGCACCUGGACACGAGUUGAAUGCCGAGGAUAUUUCUCGCGCCGUCGACAGAUUUUCCUGGGGUGGCAGAUUCCAGAUCAUAGAGAAAGGCCUCUGUCGUUGGUUUUUAGACGGUGCCCACAAUACCUUGAGCCUCGAACAAGCGGCGGCAUGGUUCUCAGAGAAUACCGGUGCCUUGAAUCAUCGCAGAUGUCGUGUUCUAAUAUUUAGCCACUUCUCGGAGGAACGGGACGGUAGGGUAUUGGUGGAGUGUUUAGCUCAUGCGCUUUCAGCACGGGGUGCGAAGCCAGAACAUGUCAUUUUCACUACAUAUAAUGAAAGGGAUGAUGGAACUAGCAGGCUAGACAAAACUCUCAAGGUACCCGAAAAGCCUUUUCCCGAUCUUUGCUCUGUAUAUGCUGCGGUCUGGAGCAGGCUCGAUCCUGAAGCGAUAGUUUUGAGUAAGCCAACAAUUGAAGCGGCGAUAAGGCUUGCGGAACAAAUCGCUGCUGAAUCUGGUGGAGCUCAAUGCUUUGUGACGGGAAGCCUGCAUUUGGUUGGAGGAGCCCUGAAUCUAUUGAAUUUUUAACGCGGCGCACAUCGUCACUUCACUGUUUUCGCGAUUUUCAUUUGUAUGUGUGUAUGCUUGUCAGAGUCGGAUAUGCAGAUAUAUUCUCCUUUUUCCGAAACGCUAUUUACAACUCUCGAGUGCAAUGUGAUUGUCCACCUAGAACUCUGGCUAGCUUCAACUUGGGCGUUUACUACCGGCAAAUUUCUGAGACGGAACGUUGCUCCUUCUAGCGUAUUUAGAACCUUAUUGUGCUAUGUGGAAAGCAAUCGAUUAUCUUGGCA